UCAGCCUUUCCAAGCUGACCGUUAUGACUCGUCGUUCUUUUCAAUUUUGAAGACGUCUUUGGAAUGUAUAUGACUUCGUUGACUUCCGUCAUAAUUCAAUUUGGUGAUGUACAGAGACUCGCCUUACAUUUUGACAUGAGUCUUGCUGCUUAAAAGAGACUUGUUAUUGGUUACUCUAUGCCCUGGGAAAGCUCGGCUGACACGUCAAUGUAUUGUCGACAUCGAUAUACUGGUUUACCUGAAUGAUUUAGAGAACGUUGAUGGAUACCGGAAUCGCCUCAACGAUUUCAGAAACAAUGCAUAAACAAGAUAUGGAGAUACAAAAACAGCUAGCACUCUCCAGAGCUACAUAUAAAUGCGGGCAACCUGAGAAGGAAGGCGGAAAGGACCGUCUGAAGGACAGCUUCAACCCACUCACCUGGUGUAUAAAAAGCAAUAAAACAGAGAAAUAUGACAAUGUUCCUCCAGCAAUACCUAAAUCCAGGCCGGAUGGACUGCACUGCUCCUCUAAAAAGGAUCCAGAUACCUACCGACAGAACAGGAGCCGCCUGCUGUCUCUACCGGAAACAUUACGGAUGAUGAUAUGGAAAUACGUCCUGUCAGAUUAUCCACACUCAGACCUAUUCAUUCGAAUCGAACGCAGGCCAUUCAACCCUUCCUACAAACUGGUUCGAGCCCCUGUACCGGAACUGAAAUUCGUCCCGUCAGAUUCUCCCGACUCAACUCAUUUUAUUCGAAUCGAACGCCGGCCGUUCGACCCUUCCUACAAACUGAUUCGAGCCCCCGUUCCGGAACUGAAAUUUGUCCACGAAGGGGCGAAACCACGCAGACAUGUCAACAUCCUCCUCACAUGCCGCUCCAUACGCGCAGAGGCCUUACCAAUCCUCUACCAAUCCGUCACCUUCGCGCCCUCAGAUCUCGAAAGCCUUCUCCCUAUCUUCAUCGACUCCCUCUCUCCCGAAGCCCGGCGCUGCAUUCGCAACAUCCACCUGGCAUUACCGCAAUCUCCUUCUCAAAACGUCAUGAUGCACGACCGAUCGAAACCGAGCUUCCACUGGGCGGUGACAUGCGCGCAGGUCGCGAAGCUUAACGGCACGCUCCGGCAUCUCAGCGUCGAGGGUAAAUGGUCAGACUUCGCCCUCCCGUCUUUCCGGCGCGCGAUCCUGCAUCCGCUGCGCAAGAUUAAGGCGGAGAUCGCGUUCGUGCCUAUCGACCACCCGGAAGACGACUCGUUCGAUUACGACGGCGCGUUCGGGGAGUUGCUUCGGCAGGCUGGCGAGGAGCUGAAAGCGCUGGCUCAGGUCCGCGCGGAACGAACGAAGGCGGACGCAGAGGAGAGACGGGAGAAGGAGAGGCGUUGGCGGGAAAGUGGCCAGCAGAAAGUUUCGGACACGCAUGGUGAACGGAUUGAGGCCUCUCUUGUGGGUGACAAUUGGGUGGUCGUGGAGAGUGUGAGUGGUGAGCAGAUUGAGAAGGACCUCAGACGAGUCUCUGGCAUAGACCAAUUCGAGAAGGAACUUCAGGCUCAAGGGUGUGAUUCUGAUGAUAGUUCCAUUGCGGAUGAUAUGGAUUGGGAUCUUAUGAGCGUUGGAAGCGGUGCGGAUACGCCAAAAGUACGACCUCGUAGUGCUCUGUCGAAAUAUAGCAAUGGGAUGGACACCGAUACUGCGUCAACUAUAGUAGUAGAUGAUGCUAGUACUACACAGCGGAAGUACAAAAUCCAUGAUGAUGGGGAUUGGUAGUAGGUUUGCAUUAGAAGUAGUUUCAUUCCGUAUAUUCUUUUAAGCUAGACAUUGUCUUUAUUAGCUACUCGUAUUCGAUGAGAGGAUGAUGAAUGGCCAUCCUUGCUUGUACAACUACAUAGGUAAUUGGGUCUCGUUGGAGCAUACAGUAAGCCCUAUAUAAUAAAAUGGUCAACCAAACUCCGAAUCUCACAUGAACGUAUCAAAAUCCGAAAAAG